AUGGAUGAGAGUGUCUACAUGUUCUUGGUUGACUGCCUGACGACGUCUUGGAGCUCCUGGACAUUUUGCAAUUGGGGAGGAAAGCCUUGCAAACGCAUAGAAGGCUUCCAGCAGCGGUAUCGGACAAUAGUCCAGUACCCGUCAAGAGAUGGCCGCCAAUGUCCACCCGUUACGGAACUGCGAAUGUGCUACACACCAAAGCAGCUAUGCAUAGCCAUUCUCACGAACAAAUCCGAAAUCGGCAGCGAACGGAAGCAGACGAAUAACCCAAAACGAAAGAAGAAGAAAAAGAAGCGGAAGCGCCGUCCGAAGAAAGAUCAUUCCCGACACAGGCAUGGCAGAGAGUGGGCGGUCAAGCGUGACCGCAAGCGACGGCAACGGAAAGCGCGACGGAUGCUGCAGCAGCAGCGCCAUGGUGCGGCACUCGCACACCUCCCAGCCAACCUUCCGGAUCUGGUGACGAAUGAGAUCAAGUGA